AUUGGACCCCGCGUGUUUUAAAGCUGGCGUUAUGUGUUUGUCAGAUGUCUUACGAAAACAUGUUCUGUCGAGCAUGGAAUUGCAACAAUACGCCACUGCAUGUUAUUGGGCUGACAAGCUUGUUUGUUUAGAAAAAUAUCGUCCUGACGAUGUUUUACUCUACGCCAGAGCAUUGUAUCAAAGUCGACAAUAUCAUCGUGCAAUUGCCCUGAUUCAAAAUUGCAAAGAUCUGAAGCAAUCGCUUGUUUGCCGUUAUUUCGUUGCCCAGUGUUAUUACGCUUGCUCAGAAUAUAAAACAGCUCUUGAAUUCCUCGAACAAUCUGACUCUAACUCUACCGAUCUCAAUCCUAAUGUAACCUCACUGGUGGCCGGUCCUUUAUCGAAACUAUCCUUGCCACCAGACUGUGAAGCCGCUGAAAAUGAUGAUUCACCAAAACAACUGAAUAAAGCUGUGACAGACGAAAUGAUAAAUGGCUUUACUUUAGAACAUCUUCACAGUAGUAUUGCACUGUUGAAAGGAAAAUUAUAUGAAUUAAUGGAAAAUCGAUCACUAGCAAUACAAUUUUAUAAAGAAGCUUUACGUCUUGAUGUAACAUGCUAUGAAGCUUUUGAGAAGUUGGUACACUUUCAGUCGAUUAGCUCAGAAGAAGAAUCUUCACUGUUAAACGAAUUAAAUUUUGUUGACCAUCCGAAUCGGUUGAUGGGGAAGUUAACUGAAUUCCUUUAUAAAGAUAAAUUGAGCAAAAAUUCAGUUGCAGAAAACAAGAUACCGGAUGAAUUUGCUGUAUUAGAUGAUAAUGUUGAUGUUAUUGUUAACAAAGCUGGACGUAUGCUGGAUGUCUGCCGAUUUCAAGAGUGUUAUGCUAUCACAUCCAGAUUAAUGCGAUUGGAUCCAUACAACCUCGCCUGUCUGCCAGUUCAUAUAUCUGUUUUAAAGGAGUUGGAAAAAGCAAAUGAACUUUUCAAAGUGUCUCACCGACUUAUGGAUGUAUAUCCUACAAGUGCACUUGCAUGGUUUUCAGUCGGUUGCUAUUACUUAUGCAUUAAAAAGAACGAACUUGCCAGACGACAUCUUGUAAAAGCUUCACAACUAGACAGAAGAUACGGUCCUAUAUGGCUUACACUUGGACAUGCAUUUGCGGCAGACGGCGAACAUGAUCAAGCCAUCGCUUCUUAUUGUACAGCUGCCCAAGUCAUUCGAGGUUCACAUAUUCCUAUCAUGUACAUUGGCAUUGAAUACAGUGCUAGUAAUAAUCGUAAUCUAGCUGAACGAUUUUUGAAUCAAGCCUACCUACUUAGUCCAAGUGAUCCGUUUGUUCUGCAUGAAUUAGGCACAUUGGCGUUUGAGUCACAAAAAUACGUAGAUGCUACAAGAUUUCUCGUUCGGGCUUAUGAGAGAGCUUGUGAAUUAAGCGGACAAGUCCCAUCACCGUUUUGGGAGCCCUUAGUCAAUAAUCUGGCACAUUCUUACAGAAAAAUGGGACUUUACAACCAAGCAAUAGCUAUGCACGAGCUGGCACUUCGUCUAGUACCUGAAUCUCCAACAACACUUGCAUGUUUGGCAAUGGUUCAUGCAAUUAAUGGUAACCUUGAAGUUGCAGUGGAUUAUCUUCAUCGAUCUGUUGGAGUGCAGCCAAGUAGUUGUGGUUCCACUUCGAGUAAUGUAGCAUGUACAAUGCUUAAUGUAUGUAUUGAGGCGGUGACUGGAAAAGGAACACAUACAUCCAGUCAGAAAGUUGGGAAAGAUAUCCCUGACACUCUCCCGGAACACCAUAUCACUCCUGCCGGGCCUGGAAGUCUUGCAGGACCUAAUCAGAUUCGCUUUAAGAAGCCACUAACGGAAACUGCGAAAUACUCGAAACCAACAAUUCAGCUGGAUGUAAAUUACCGAACAAAAUCUGUUGAUGUUCCUAACAUAUCACUAAACACAAGCGACGAAGAUGUGUCUAUGGAUCUUAGCUAAUUAAUGUUAUUUGUAUAUUAUUGAAAUAUUACUUUGUAAUUAAGUGUGCAACACUACUAAAUUUCUGUCAGCGUAGUUACGUUUCCAUUUCAAAAUUUUUGGGGCGAG